AUGGCAAAGUGUUUGCUGAUAUACGUCUUGCCAAUUAGACAUUUACAAGUUUCACUUUACGGAAUUAUAUUGCUGCUGGACCAUUUUCUUUUUCAGCAGGACCAUUUUCUUAGUAAAAGUAAUGGAGACAAUGGAUCACCCACUAUAGGAUCAAACAGAUCAUGGAAGUCCAUGGAGAUGGAAAUUGGAUCCUUACUAGAGAAGUUAUUGGAUGUCAAUGAUGCCAUGAGUCGAUGUGCUGCAUCAACAGCUGCUACAACUUCGAUAAAUCAAAAACUUGCAAGACAUAGAGACAUACUUCAUGAAUUCACACAGGAAUUUAGAAGAACCAAAGGGAACUUGAACUCUAUGAGGGAGCAUGCUGAGCUCCUUAACUCUGUCAGAGAUGAUAUCACCGAAUCCAAGGGAUCAGGUGGAAUGUCACCUAGGGUAAGUUUGCUGAGGGAGAGAGCAGCAAUUCACGGAAACAUCAGUGAUAUUGAGGAGUUGAUAAGUCAAGCACAAGCAACAAGAUCAGUUUUGGGGUCUCAAGGAGCUUUAUAUUUUGAUGUCCAGGGAAAAGUGAAGCAGCUCGGUGAUAAAUUUCCUGUUAUUCGUGGCGUACUUGGUGCCAUCAGGAGGAAGCGAUCGAAGGAUUCUCUAAUCCUUUCCGCAGUCAUUGCAGUCUGCAUAGUGUUCAUAAUUAUUUACUGGCUUUCGAAGUGAUCAUCGGCAAAUUGGUUUUACACCCAAUGGGCUAUCAAAAGUAUGCAUUUGAUGAAUCAUCCACACUCCAUCCAUUUCUCAGAUAUCAUGUAAGUUUUGUUUAUAGAGCAUGAUCGUGAUCUCUCUCAUAGGCAGUCCAUUCCCUUAUUUUACUUGAGUGGAGUAACUUAAGACCAGUGGAAAGGAUGAAGGAAUACCACGGCUGCCAUGACCGUGACCAUUCUUUUUGUCUUUUGCACUUCUUCCACCAGGUAAACAACAGCCCAGAAGAAUUAUCUUCAUCUCCUCUUCUAGCUCCUCCUCCCUCUAUCUCCAUCUAAAUUUUUACAUCUUUCAUAUUUCUUUCUGUCCUAUUCCUUUUAUUAUAUUCUUACAAACUUUCUAUCUUUAAAGUUUCUAGAGUUUUCACUGUUUCCUUAUGUUUAUAAUAAUGUUUCAUUUCUUAUAGUUUAUAACGUU